CUUGACGUGCUGCUGUUUUCGCUUUCGGCAAAAAAUUAAUUUUUUUGUUUUAACUACUUAGCUGGGUAAGAGGUACAAAGAUGAAUAAUGUACACAACGCUUUUGUUGCUGUACAAAAGCGCCGCUUAUCGGACAAUGAGCCAAAGCAAACGGAUAUUGUCUCGCUGGGGCAGGAGGAGCCGGAAUCAAAACAACGCAAAUUAGAGGAACAGCGGCAGCAGGAACAGCUAUCGCCACAAGAAAAACCCCAGGAAGAACACAAUUUGCUAAGCUUUUGCAAUGAGCUGCUAUACGAAAUAUUUAAAUAUUUGGAUUCCUCCUCCAUACUGGCAGUAAUGCAUUGCUCACCGCGAUUCGAAAGUUUGCUUUUGGAUCAUCGCUUCUGGCAUAAUAUUGAUCUCAGCAAUGCACCACUGCCUCUGGGCAUAUUGGAGGAGAUACUUGGACGUGCAACAGAGAAAACGCAUACAAUUAAAAUAUGCGGACCACCGUCAUCACAGCAUGUAGCCGGCGAGUUCAAGCAAUUUACCUGCACACUAACCUCCGUAUUUCCUAAAGUGGCCAAUCAACUGCAGGUUUUGGAAUUGCAGGGCGUCAGCCUGGACUUUGAAUAUAUACAUAUAUCCGAAUUUCCAUCUUCUCUUAAACGACUUACGUUGAUAGAUUGUAGCGUCAAGGUGGGCGAUCAUGUCAAAAGUAUAUUUCACACAAUAGAAAAACAAUUGGUUGACUUGGAGGACUUGAGCAUAGAGGAUAAUAACUGGUUUGAGCCGUACUACAUAAUGGCGCUUUCCAAGCUGCCCUCGCUUCGUCGCCUGAGUCUCAAGGGCUGCCAAAUGAUGUGCAAAUUUGUACCCUACGGUAGUAUGGCUGCGCGUUUUGGAUUCCAAAAGCUAGAGGCGCUCGACUUGCGUAUAACGCCCAUAAACAAUUCAGAUUUGCAAUGCUUCAGUGCUAUAGAAUCUCUAAAAGAACUGCUGCUGGAAUCCCCGCCAAAUGUGCCACACGAGCCGCUCCCUGCAGAGAGAACUACAAAUAAUGACAAUGAAGAGCAAGCUAAUGUUGCGACGCCUGAAGCUGUUAAAGUGCUUAACGAUGAUGAACCAUCCACAUCGCGAGCAGCCAUGGAAAGUUUGCGUGCCGCCAGAAUAGCUCAAAAUAAUGAGCAGACAAGCGAUACUGGGCAGUCAUCAAGCGAUACAACAUACACCUCGGACAAUUGCAAUGUAAGAAAGGCAACUGUGACAGGCCGCCCUACAAGUGGUUCCUCAGAGUCUGACGAUGAGGAAACGACAUCGACAUCUGCCUCCUCCUCCAACUCCUCCUCCGAUAGAUGCGACAGUGGUACUACACAAAGGGCUACACUCCACAAUGAAAGUUCACCAAAUCCAAUUGCUCGCUCGCCAAUUGUGGUCAUAGCCAUGCCUAGAGAUGUGCCACCUGCGCCUGUGAAUGCUGAUAACCCUGAAGCUCCUGAGGCUGCAGCUGGUGGCGCCGGUGGCGUGCCCACACCACGCGCCUAUAUUUAUGUACAGAAUGGUGCGCCACCAGAGAAUUCACCUCCACAGGCCAUGGUCUCCAUGUACGAGCACUUUAUGGAUCAAGUGCAAGCCUUACGCGGCAAUCAGCCAGGACAUAGUCGCUUUUUGCCGCGUCGCGAUCAAGUGAUUUACAUGAAUGCUCAAGCAGUGGCCGAACCAAUGCUGGUCAUGCACUCACGUCGUCAUCGCACAAAUCUACGCGGAAAUUUUGAACAGGUAGUGCAGCAUCCUAUGUUUUGGAACAUGUUGGACCCACUGGACAGAGAUUAUGCGCGUCGCUUGCGCUGCCGUCCACAGAUGAACACAUCGCAGCCGACGCAUUCCUUUGUAUCCGAUCGCGCCAUCUAUAGCUUUGGACGUGCCCCCAAUCCCGUGCAACCCGAUGUGGUUUGGAUACGCAACUCGAAUCGCUCACCGAAUAAUCGCCUGGAACGUAUGUCCUUGCGCAAUUAUACACACAUCACCAACUACUCGUUGGAGCACUUAGCACAGUGUUCCCCCAAUUUGAUAUACAUUGAUGUAAGCGGCACUAGCGUUACGCUAAUGGGUGUCAUAAAUUUUGAAAACGCCAAACCAAACUGUAAAGUGAUUGCAACGCAUUUAGCAGCUGGUGCGCGAGUGCCACAGACAGAGCCACAGCCAGAGCCACAGCAAGACCCAGCACCAGGGCAAGAGAAAGAGAAAGAGGAAGCGCAAGAGUCAGAGUCAGAGUCAGCGCAAGUUCAAGAGCAAAAGGCUGAAGAGCAGCCAACAGCAGAAAUUGAACAAAGCUUAGUUGAGAACAAUCUCAGCAACGACAGCGAGGAGCAGCAGCAGCAGCAGCAGCCACCUUUACCUUUAAAGCAACCCGAUGUACCAUAGUUAUUAUUUGCAUGUUUCUUUCGUAAUAUUUUUCACAAAAUUUUAUCGAACUAUCCCUCAAUGUGUGUGCUGUCUACAUGCUAAUGCUGUAGCACAGUUAUGUAGUAUUACUUAUGUUUGGAACAAUUGUACUAUAUAAACUAAAUAUUAUAUACUAUAUGUGUCAGCUUAAUUGGAGUGUAUAAAA